CGUGAUGGAUUUGCGCAGUAGUUUUGGCAUCAUUGAUUGUGGGCCCCAGGAAGCGAUUAUUGAUCCUGUGUGCCCAGCAGUGCUGGCCCCGGGGUGGCCGUCUCUGGGGGCCCGUAGGGGACAGACAGCCUGCGGGCAGAGGGGAAACGACAUCUAAAUCUGUGCCGUUAGUGUGCAUGUAAAACUGAAAAGGCUAGGACUGUAGAGACAGCCGUGUGGUCUGUUGAAUCUGCUGUGUCUUUCCUCAUCUGUGUGGUAUCGGCAGUGAAGCCUGUCAAACACAUCCCAGUCCGGCACGACUCACUGUGGCUUACCAACCUUUUCCUGCUCCCCUCCCAGACACCCCAAGUCCUCCGAACCCUUUGAAACUCCAUCUGUGGUCUGAAUUGAGUCUUUGCCAGUAUCUCUGAUGCCAGCUUUCAUAUGGAGACCAAAAUAGACAUAGACACCCAUCAACAACCGCUACAGUCACUGGCAGAUCCACCAUUCACUACAUAGGCAGCGAGGUCAUGGGUCAUACAUUUACAUCUAUGCACAAGUCAAGAGUUUGAUUCACAGGGCAGGAGACGUCAGGCUAUAAAUGCACCGUGGAGAAGGAGGGAAUUCGUAUUUCGAAUCCUGGACUGAAUCAGAACGGCUCGAAAUGAAUCCGUGCCCCUUCAAAGCGUCCGGACCCAUCUCGUGGGCCAUGUACUUCAUGAGGAAAGGCCGAAACAGCAACGCACUGUUUGAACCUGCGCCUGGGCGACGCUUCACGCCUCCCUCGACCACCCUGAGCUCGGGGAAGAUGAAUGAGGGGUUGCCCCUGGGGGCUCAGGAGAGCAGCGGCGCCGCCCUGAUGGGCAAACUGCGUAUGGCUGACCGGAACAUGGUGGAGGUGCUUUCCGACCACCCAGGAGAGCUGGUGCGCACCGACAGCCCCAACUUCCUCUGCUCCGUCCUGCCAACACACUGGCGCUGCAACAAGACGCUGCCCAUCGCCUUCAAGGUGGUUGCCCUCGGUGACAUCCCAGAUGGCACUCUGGUCACAGUGAUGGCCGGCAAUGAUGAGAAUUACUCUGCCGAACUCCGCAAUGCCACAGCUGCCAUCAAGAAUCAAGUGGCUCGUUUUAAUGACCUGCGUUUCGUUGGCCGCAGCGGACGAGGCAAGAGUUUCACCCUCACCAUCACCGUCUUCACAAACCCUCCUCAGGUGGCCACGUAUCAGAGAGCCAUAAAGAUCACUGUGGACGGACCCCGAGAACCACGACGCCACCGACAGAAGCCGGAUGAAGCAGUAAAGCCAGGCGCGUUAGCUUUCUCUGAACAAUUGCGGCGAAGUGCCAUGCGGUGCAGUCCACACCAUGGCCCCGCCCCCAACCCCCGCCCCGCCCUCAACACGCCCCCCUUCAGCAGCUCCGCCCACAGCCAGAUUUCCGACUCUAGGCAGAUGCAGACGUCUCCGUCCUGGUCGUAUGAGCAGUCGUACCCUUACCUGGGUCCCAUCUCCACCCCAGCGGUUCACCCCAGCACACCCAUCUCUCCCAGCCGCAGCGCUAUACACUGUCCAGAUCUGACGGCGUUCACUGACCCUCGCAUGAGUCUGGAGCGUUCCUUCCCGUCGCUGCCCUCGCUCCCAGACGGCCGUUUCUCGGACCCGCGGGUGCCGUACCCCACCGGAGCGUUCACAUACACACCCACGCCCGUCACCAGCGCCAUCGGCAUCGGCAUGUCGGCCAUGAGCAGCCCGGCAGGCCGCUAUCACACGUACUUACCCCCGGCGUACCCCGCGGGCUCCUCGCAGGCUCAGGCCGGCCACUUCCAGCCCGGAUCGUCCCCGUAUCACCUGUACUACAGCAGCGCCGCCGGAUCCUACCAGUUCUCCAUGAUGCCGGCCGGAGGAGGAGGAGGAGAGCGCUCGCCACCUCGCAUCUUACCGCCCUGCACCAACGCCUCCACAGGCUCCGCCCUCCUGCACCCCUCACUGCCCAAUCAGAGCGAGGUCCUGGUGGAGGCCGAGGGAAGCCACAGCAGUUCACCGACCAGCCUCUCGGUGGAAGCCGUCUGGAGGCCGUAUUGAUGCUCGCUUGACCAAGGAGGCAGGGCCGGAUUUACACUUGCUCGUCCAGGGAGCCCCAAACACAACGAAGAGAUACAUCUCUAUUUUUAUUAUACGAUGAGCAGUAUCUACAACAGUAAAAGAACCAAAACCUCAGAAGACGAAUGUGAAUCAGUCCACAAAAAACAGUCAUAAUUUUGAAAUAGAGAUUUUUGCAUUAUUUGAAAGAUGAAUAAAUAAUGAUUUUUGGCAUAAACAGGAAAAUCUAUGAUUUUGACCCAUACAAUGUAUUUUUGGCUAUACCUGUGCUACUUAUGAAUGCUAUUGUGCACAUACAGUAUGUGACGCUGGAGUACAAAUCCAGUCUCUGGGGGUGUAUUUGUAGCAAUAGCCGAAAAUACAUUGUAUGGGUCAAAAUUAUAGAUUUUCCUUUUACGCAAAAAUCAUUAGGAUAUUAAGUAAAGAUCAUUUCCCGUGAAGAUAUUUUGUAAAUCUCCUACUGUUAAUAUAUCAAAACUUAAUUUUUGAUUAGUAAUAUGCAUUGCUAAAAUUAAUUUUAACAUCUUUAAAGGUGUUCUUCUUGAUAUUUCGAUAUUUUUCCCCCCUCAGAUUCCUGAUUUUCAAAUAGUUGUAUCUCAGCCAAACAUCAUCCUAUCUUGACAACCCACAUAUCAAUGGAAAGCUUAUUAUUCAGCUUUCAGAUGAUGUAUUAAUCUCAGUUUUGAAAAAGUUGACACUUAAGACUGGUUUUGUGCUCCAGGGUCACAUAUAACAAAUAAUAGGCUAAAAACUGACAAACUAUUUCCAUGUUUUCCACCUUUUUUAUGUACGGAAAUCACGGCGUCACAGUACAGACACGCACUCGCUCUCACAAGCAGAGAUCAGUGAAUAGAAAAUUAUUAUCAGCGAUGCCCCGUUUAUGAAUAAAUUAGUUUACAUGACAUUUCUCAGUAGUAAAGUUCUUGAAACAGUUAAACUUACACAUUCACUAUUAGUAGUAGAGACAUCAGUGCAUAGCAAUGGCAAAAUAUUUUAGUUCGCUGGGGUGAUAUUAUUAUAUUAAUAGGGAAAAUGUGAUUUGCCUAUGUCACCAUAAGAGGUAAAUCCGGCCCUGGGCGUCUGAUUGGACUCGACAGAUGGACUUUUUUUAUUCACAGCGCAGCAUGAGACUCGUAUGUUUUUUAAAGUUGUGGAUAAUUUGUAUUGUUAUUAUUAAUAUUAUUGUUAUUGUUAUUAUUAUUAUUACUGUUGUCUGUCUUGUUGUCACUGUACAACUUUGUUCAUCAGUGCCAGAUAUGUUUAAUGUCAAAAAAAAAAAAAAACCUCAAGGCCGGAAACAGACUCUAUGCAAGUUCUCAAACGCAAGCAAAUUUACACAAUUUUAGUGUUCAUAAAUGCAUGUAAAAAUAACAGUUCCACCAAACAAAAAUAAAAUA